UUUAAAAAAAAGUGUGGAAAGAAAAAAUGGAUGUAUUUAAAAGCUCCGCGUGCAAAAAUAAAAGGGGAGAACAAUUGGCGAUAGGUAGGCUGAGGGGACGGAAACAAAAUCAGGGAAAUGUGUAUUCAAAUCAAAUUCCAAGGAUUUCUUUGAUCACAUGACUUAAACAGCUUAAACUCCUAUCCCCGCGAAAGAUUACAGUUUUCCUUUAGAUUAUCGAUGGCGUUAAAUUCUUCAACUCGAAUGCUAUAGAAAUCGACAAUUUUCGAGUGCCGAUCCCCCAUGGAGGAAGGUGAUAAAAGCAUUGGUUUUGGUGGGGAAACCUCUUCCAGGGUUUCGGCUGGUUCACCAUCUUGGUUGUUUGCUAGGAGGCAGCGAUUCACCAUUGAUCUCAGGCCUGGUGAGACCACGAUAGUUUCUUGGAAGAGGCUGGUCAAAGAUGCUCAAAACACGUCCCUUCCUUUGACUGCCCAAAAGACUGAGGAUUCUCUGGAUGAAUGUUUUCAAGAUGACAAGUCAACAAUUAAGCAAAAUGGAUUACUUGUAAACUCUGAGAAAUUGGAAUGCAUAAAUGAACCUGUAUUGUCAGUAGCUCAACAAUCAAGAAAACGGAGUAAAAAUAUGGCUGAAGCUCAAGGAGAGAAAGUUGAUGAUCACUUACCCAGUAAACAUAUGAAAGUUGAACAGGGGAGGCUAAAUUUUGCUGCAACAAAUGCUCUGCUUGAAGAACAAUCUUCUGCUCUCUUGCAGAACUCAGCUGUUAUUAAUGAACGUGAUCAGAAAUUGCAUAACCUGUUGAGUUCUCCUGUAAGAUCUUCUUUUAAGAAGCCUGCUACCAUUGGAACUAAGUGUGAGCAUUCUUCAUACACAGCAAUCUCAAACAAUGAUGCUUCUAUAUCUCCACUAAAUUCAAAGGAUGCUGAUAAGUAUAGGAGUGCAACCAUCCACUCUAGUGAUAUAGGAAAUAAUGCAAACUCUCUAGCAACCCAUCAGAAGUAUCUGGAAAAAAAUUCUUGUAAACAACUUGAGUCUCCAGUGAGAAAAUUGAUGACUGAUAACGAUAAAGAAGGAAUUUCCACCAAAAUAGAGCAGAGGGAGAAAAGGGCAACAUGUGGUGAACUGCCAGAUCUUAAUCUUCCUGUUUAUCCAGUGCAACCAGAGAAAAGUCCCUUUGUGCAGUCAAAGGAUGUUUCUAAUUUGAGGCCAAAAGGAACAAUGCUUGAAAGGGCCAUAAGAGAGUUGGAGAAAGUUGUUGCAGAAUCUGGUGUCUGCUCAAUAUUCAUGACAGUGAGACCGGCAACCACGGAAGUUCAGGAUGUAGAUGCUUCAUCUGCAGCUCUUAAAAGAAGGCUGCCUCGUGAAGUGAAGCUGAAGCUUGCUAAAGUUGCCAGAUUAGCACAGUCAAGCCAAGGGAAAAUAUCAGAGGAGUUAAUCAAUAGGCUUAUGAAUAUUCUUGGGCAUUCGGUGCAGUUGAGAACACUGAAGAGGAACUUAAGAGAGAUGGUUUUACUGGGACUCUCUGCGAAGCGGGAAAAAGCUGAUAGAUUUCAAAAGAUUAAAAUGGAGGUCACUGAAAUGAUCAAAUUGCAGGCAUCUAAACGAAGGGAUGUAGCAACUGAUGAUUUACAGGAAGUGCUUGGUUCUGAAGAACAACUAGUCCUUAAAGAACAAUACAUCAUAGAUAACGCCAUGGAAGAUAAAAUCUGUGAUCUUUAUGACUUAUAUGUCCAGGGGAUGGAUGAAGACAAAGGUCCACAAAUCCGAAAGUUAUAUGUUGAGCUUGCAGAACUGUGGCCAAAUGGAAUCAUGGACAACCAUGGGAUAAAAUGUGCAAUUCGUAGGGCAAAGGAACGCAGAAGGGCAUUGUGCAAAUAUGAUAAGGUUAGAGAGGACAGUAGAAAGAAGUCCGCACAGAAAAUGGAGGUUGGUGUUCAAGGGGAAGCUAGUUCAAUUUCUCAAUUACGGGCUGUGCAAGAGAGGCAGACUUCUGAGUCUAGUAGUCAUAUUUUGGCUUUGCCUUGUAGGAAGAUUUCCUGUAAAGAAACCCCGGAUCAGCACCUUGAUGCAUCUAAGGAAAUUUCCCGUAUGCCACUGAAAGGUUCUGGCCUGGAUAUUUCUGAAGAAGAGAGGAUUGAGAAAAUGGUGAUCCCAAUGCUGAAAGAGCAAAUGAAGAAGCAGCAGCAGCAGCGGCGGGAAUUGAAGAAGAGAGUGAAGAAAUUAUCCUUGAAACUGGAAAAGGAAUCUCGCAAAUCCCAUAGGCGGGCUAUUGGACAACCACAUGCAGCAAAUUAUGAAUUGGCUGCUCCCCCAGGCUGUGGAAAUCCUGUCUGAUAUCUAUUUUCUCAACUGGAAUUUCAAAACUAGGAGAUGUGAGGCGAUGUAAAGUGCAAAUUUGUUUGUUUAAUUUUAGGGAAUCAGCUGGAUUUUAGAAUUUAGAUGCUUCUUUUUGGUCAGUUGUGUUUCUGCUCUUGGCAUUACAGUCAUUUCAGAAUGGAGUUGGUAACUAUUGUUGCACUAGUUUAGAGUUUUGCUCUGAUAGGGAUAGCACUUGGAGAAAAAGUUGAGGGUUUUCGACAUCUUAAAGGAUUCUUGAAUUUGUCAUCAAUACUGGAUUUAUCAAUCUUCGAUAAUACCUUUUUUUUUUUUUUUCUUCUUCUUCUGGGGUUAGGUGAUUUAUGGCAGGUAAUGAUUUUUCUCAGAACAGACGUUGAAUCUCAGAUUAUUGUCAUCCGUGGAUGUCAGGAACCG